AUGCUGCCGGCGGUUCUUCAAAAUGCUCAUCAGCUACACGAUUACGCCACGGCCGUCCUGAACGAAUGCGGCGGCACAUACGAGUUCAAAGGGCCCUGGUUUGCUAACAUGAACAUGUUGGCCACUUGUGAUCCUGCCAAUAUCCAUCAUAUUAUGAGCAAAAAUUUCUCAAACUACCCCAAAGGUCCGGAAUUCAAGAAAAUAUUUGAUAUUCUGGGAGAUGGGAUCUUCAGUUCUGAUUCUGAAUUAUGGGAACUUCAUAGAAAAACCACCAUGUCCCUAAUGAAUCAUGCAAAAUUUCAUCAGGUCUUAGAAAAAAUCAUUUGGGACAAGAUUGAAAAUGGGCUCCUUCCUGUUCUUGAUCAUUUCAAUAAAAUGGGAAAUGAGAUUAAUUUGCAGGAAAUUUUUCAGAGGUUUACUUUCGACAGUUCAUGUAAAUUGGUACUGGAUUAUGAUCCAUGCAGUUUGUCCAUUGAUUUACCCUAUAUUCCAUGUGAAAAAGCUUUUAAUGAUGCAACAAAAGCCCUUUUGCAUAGACAUAUGUUGCCAGAAAGCGUGUGGAAGCUCCAAAAAUGGCUGGGAAUUGCUACGGAAAAGAAGCUGGCUAAAGCUUGGGAGGCAUUUGAUCAAUUUAUAUAUCCUUGCAUUCCAUUAAAGGAGGAACAGAGCAAUGGCACCAAAGUGCAAGAUGAAGAUUUUAGCUUGUUAACUGGAUUUUUGAAAGCAUACAAAGGAAAGAGAAGUGCUUCUGGUGAUGAAAGAGACUUCAUGAGAGACACCUUAUUGGCCUUGAUCUUUGCAGGUAGGGAUACCACAAGUACUACUCUAACAUGGUUUUUCUGGCUGAUUGCCUUAAAUCCCCGGGUGGAAAUCAAGAUACUUGAAGAGAUUCAAACAAACUUCCACGACAAAGAAGACAAAACGUGCAGGUUUUUUAAUGCAGAAGAAUCUCGAAAAUUAGUCUACCUCCACGGAGCAUUGUGCGAGACUCUUAGGCUAUUCCCUCCCGUGGCACUGGAACACAAAUCACCAGUUCGACCGGACAUCCUCCCAAGUGGUCACUGUAUCCCUCAAAAUACUAAAAUAAUCCUAUUCUUUUACUCAACAGGAAGGAUGGAGAGAAUAUGGGGCAAAGAUAGUUUAGAAUUCAAGCCGGAGAGGUGGAUUUCCAAGCACGGUGGAAUAAAGCACGAACCGUCAUUCAAGUUUCCAGCGUUCAAUGCUGGCCCAAGAACCUGCAUUGGUAAGGAGAUGUCUUUUGUGCAAAUGAAAAUGGUGGCAGCAACUAUGAUAUAUAAUUACCAUGUUCAAUUGGUGGAAGGUCAAUCAGUUUCUCCUAGUGAUUCUAUCAUAAUUCAAAUGAAACAUGGUUUAAAGGUCAAGUUAUCCAAAAGACAUGCCUGA